AUGGACAUGCGAACGUUCGAGCCUAGCAGAACAAUAUUUUUAGCAUUUGAAAGCGUUCGAAGGAAACGUAUGAUAUCAAACAUCCAGUAUACAGAUAGGCGUUACAAUCCACGCGAAAGUGCAUCUGCCUUCUCGAAUUUGAUACGCACUAUUAUGCUUGAAGAAUUGAUGAACUAUUAUUUCAGUCAUACAAAUUAUGAUUUAAUAAAUUUCGCUAAAGAAUAUUUUAUUCAUUAUUUAGCAUAUUAUUUUAAAAAUACUGUUAGGCAUAGAGGCCAAAUUAUAAUAGAAUUCCAGACAUUUGAAAAUGUGUUAAAAUUUUACCAACAAGAAGUAUUUAAUAUUAAAUUGAAAAAUUAUGAAUAUUUCAAUGAUUGUAUGUCAUUAUUUGUAUCAUUAGCUUACGUAACAAGAAUGGUAUUAAUUUCUGAUCUAGGUGAUGAUCAUGAGACUAACCAUCACUUACGUUUUGUUCAUCCAAAUAAAGAUGAAGUUUUACAAAGUGUACAAUUUCGACCUAAUAGCAAUGAAAUAGACUUUUGUUUGAAAAUUAUUGAUCAAGAUUAUCAUAAAUCCAUACUACUACGUAUUUCUGCAAUACGUAGUAUGAAUUUACAGGAAGAAGGAUACAUUAUAUUCGGUGCCGUACAAUAA